AUGAAAUGCUUUGAGAAAAUUGUGAAAAGUCAUAUUCUCAGCACCACCCAGAAGCUCCUCGACCUGUUUCAGUUUGCCUAUCAGCCCAGCAGAGGAGUUGAUGACAUUCUUCCUCUCCUCAACAUGGUCUAUAGACAUCUAGAGGGCGCCAAGUCCCAUGUCAGGGUUCUAUUUGUUGACUUUUCUUCUGCCUUCAACACAAUCCAGCCUUACAUUCUGGCACAGAGACUGAUUAGGGACUUCUCCUUAGAUGGGGGGCUGGUUUUGUGGCUGUUGGACUUCCUGAGCCAGAGGUCAGAGUGGGUCAAAGUAGGUCCCCACGUGUCGGACAUACGCACCACCAACACAGGCUCUCCUCAGGGAUGUGUUUUGUCCCCACUCCUGUACAUCUUGUACACUAAUAGUUGUACUAGUUCCCAUCCUGACAGACACCUCGUUAAGUUCCCUGAUGACACUGCCUUGAUCAGCCUGUUGCAUGAUGAUGAGGAACACCAUGGCCCGGUCCUAGAUUACUUUGUAGAGUGGUGUGACGAAUCACACUUGGUCCUCAAUACCAACAAGACCAAAGACAUGUGCAUAGACUUCAGGAAGCGUAGAACACCUACCUCUGCAACAUCUAUCAGAGAGAUCCGCAGUGGCCGGGGGCCUAAGGAGGGGUCACUGAGGUCGCUGCCCCUGUACGACACGCCCUACGAGCCAGCGGAGAACGGAGGGGACUCGGACGACGAGCGUCCCCGCUGCCCCAGAGAGAGCCGGCUGCCGCAGGAUGACGACAGGCCCCCGGAGGAGUACGACCAGCCCUGGGAGUGGAAGAAGGAGCGCAUCUCCAAGGCCUUCGCAGCUCUGCUCUGUUCUGACUGCAUUAGCUACAAGGGCUCUGUAAGUGGCAGUGGAUCAGAACCAGAGACAAGGAAGGACAACACCUCUAAAUCCCUCACAGUAGAGAUUAAAGUGAUCAAGGACCUGCCGUGGCCCCCUCCUGUCGGCCAGCUCAACCACAGUCCUCCCCUGGCCCUGCUGGAGGGGGUGGAGUCACCCCCCGCUCUGCCCCCCCAGCCAGCCCAGCACUCUCCUGGACACAGUGGCUGUGACCAGCACCAUCAUGGUGGGUCUUAUUGUCCCUGUCCUGUCUGUCCAUCCCAACACCAUCGGAGACCCUCAUCCAAUGUCCCUCAUCAACAGUCUCCUUGCCUCUCUCUUGCCAUCUCCAUAUCUAAUUUCCAUUGCUCAUCUUCCUCUUCAUCCUGUUCCCUGAUAGGGUACUGUACUGGUGAACUGUCUGUUGAAGUUGAGAAAUGACUAAUUGCGUGGGUGACAACAUACCAUACAGUUGUAAGACAACAUUCCAUUCACUAUGACAACAUGUGAAAACAGUAACAGACAGUUAUAUAUGUGUGACCUCAUUGAGUGAGGAGGAAGUGAUUGAUCAGCUCUACAGUAUCUUUUUUAAUCAGUUUGACGGUUCACAUUAUCUCUGUAGUAACUGCCCUUUUCCAUCUGGAUUACAUAUGGCAGAAAAUCACUAGCACCAGUCCAGGUUGUGUGGACGAAGGCUCAUUACUUUUAAUGCCGCUGAAUUGCCUUCUGAAUGGGUAAUUGGAAGUGUAGGUGACCCCUAAUGCUACUGUCAACAUAGGCAUAAGUGUUCCAAGACAAGCAUCCCCCUGCCCACUGCUCUUUAUAGCUCAUACUACCAAACCCUUGAUUGAGAACCCAUUGAAAUCCCCAAGUUUACUGCUCUUAAUUUAGGUGAGAACAUCUAUGUACCACAAAGUGUUGGACCUUGCUUUUAUAAUGCUCUGUGACCAAAUAAUAACCCUAUUUCCAGAGUUGUGGACUCGAGACACGAAUUUGAUGACUUGAGACUCGACUUGAUAGAAAAUAAAAUAACUUUGACUUGGAGACUCGAGACUCGACUUUGACUUGAGACUGAUGACUUAAAAUUAUCUGGACAGGGUUUAUGUUUUUUUUGUCACUCAUUUUGUGGCACAGAAUCUCUGUGGAUUACGCUCCACACAGCCUGAGACAGUAGCCGCAGCAUCGCUCUUGCAAAAAAAACAUGCAACAGAUUGGCUAGUGAAACGCACACUUGGCCCUCUGAUUGGACCAGCAAACUGUCAAUCAAUACAGGUCGGGUGCGCUAGUGAACAGAUUACUGAUUUCCUGUACAGCUAUUGGAUCGGGUGCAGCGCAAACAGCACAUUUUAGGGAGAGGAUUGCCAUGAUAAAUAUGCAGCUCCAAAUAUAGUUUGGUAAUCAAGCAUAUUGACUGUUUACUUUGCAAGCUCACCAGCAAUGGGGCAUCAAGCAACAAUUAGACCUAGUAUAGGCCUACUGGUCAUUUGGUAUGUCAAAAUUGCUUGAAAUUGAUCAAUUACUAAUGAAGCUUGCAUUUGUAAUUUGUUAAAAUGAAUUAUUACUAUGGCGAGGACGCACCAUAGGCUCGUCUCUCCACUUGAGCUCUCCAUACUCCCCCCAGUGGAGAAUGCUUUGUUCUCUUGCCUUCACAGGUUAAAAUGCAUAUGUGCUAAACCUAUAUUCCAUCUAAUCCUAUAAUAUUUGCUAGCGUUUCAUCAUUCCGUCCCG